AUGGAGAUCCCACAGAGCUCGGUCGGGAGGUUGAUCGGCGUACGCGCCAAAAGGUUGAGGGCCAUCCAAGUACAUGCAAAGGUUCACGUCGUUGUCAUGCAGCACGCCCCCAAAGAGGAGAUGGCACAGGUGAAGAUCACUGGCGCUCCUCGCGAUGUCGACCUCUGCAAACAGGUCGUCAGCGGCAUCAUUGAUGGCUCGAUCAGUUCAGAUGAUGUGGCGCAGCUUGCGCAGUGUCAUGCACUUGAUUCCGCAGACCGCGAGCCCAAGCUUCCCGAGACCUCGGUGCAGGUUCCCGUUCUUCCUGCGGGUGGCACCAGGGAUGCAUCCACUUCGGCGCGUGGCCAAACUGAGCAAGUUCUUCUCACACGAGCCAGCGCUGUCAGGCUGCCGAGGAUCAGGCCGGCAGGCGAAGGAAGGUCAUCCUUUGAGGAGAGCAAGAAGAAGUAUCAGGGCGGAGCGGGUCACUAUAAAAAGCGCAGGGGAUGA